CCGCCCUCCCCUCGGCAGCACCCAUGGCGACCAGGCGACUUUAAAGGAGUUCGGGGGCUUGGUCAGGAUCGGGUCGAUUCCGGAUCCGGCGAUCCCUGCUCUCGCCUCGCCCUGGCAUUGAUGGGAAAUCAACUGGAUCGCAUCACCCACCUGAAUUACAGCGAGCUGCCGACCGGGGACCCUUCGGGGAUCGAGAAGGACGAGCUGCGCGUCGGGGUGGCGUACUUCUUCUCGGAUGAGGAGGAGGAUUUGGACGAGCGAGGGCAGGCGGACAAGUACAGCGUGAAGGGCUCCAGCAGCCCGGCCCCAGAGACCCCCACCCAUCAUCACCACCACCACCACCACCCGCCGCAGCUGGUGCUCAGCGAGCCCCAGUUCUCCGCCUUCCGCGGCCAGGAAUGCAUCUUCUCCAAAGUCAGCGGCGACCCCCAGGCGGGGGAUCUGAGCGUCUACCCGGUCUCGGCCCUGCCGGCCUUGUGCAAGCCCGGGGACCUGCUGGAGCUAUUCUACCUGGGGCCGUCGGACCACCCGCCGCCGCCCCCGCACUGGGCCGUCUACGUGGGCAGCGGCCAGAUCAUCCACCUGCACCAGGGCCAGAUUCGCCAGGACAGCUUGUACGAGGCGGCGGCGGGGGGCAACGUGGGCCGGGUGGUGAGUAGCUGGUACCGCUACCGCCCCCUGGUGGCGGAGCUGGUGGUGCAGAACGCCUGCGGCCACCUGGGCUUAAAGAGCCCCGAGAUCUGCUGGACGAACUCGGAGAGCUUCGCCGCUUGGUGCCGCUUCGGCAAACGGGAGUUCAAAGCCGGCGGCGAGCUCCAGCCGGCCUCGGGCUCGCAGCCCCAGCAGCAAUACUAUCUCAAGAUCCACCUGGCCGACGACAAGGUGCACACGGUGCGCUUCCAAAGCCUGGAGGACCUAAUCAGGGAGAAGCGCAGGAUCGACGCCAGCAGCAAACUGAGGGUGAUCCAAGAGCUGGAGCUCGUGGAUGACAAAGAAUAAUAA